AUGCCGACUCCCGCCCUCGACCGAUCGCCCUUGCGCGGUGCCUCGAGGCCAGCCUUCCGAGCUGCGCGAGCCUUCUACCUCACCCUCUUCCUCGGCGCAUGCUUCGCUACCUACGCCCUGCUAGUCCAGUCGUCCCCAUCUUCCGCCCUCCUCCCCCGAGACAACACCUUCCUCCUUCGAAAGCGGGAUGGCCUCAACUCCACUCUGAUCAACGAGGAUGAGCAGUGCCGCCUGGUACACCAUGCCGAAGACCAAUGCGCCUUUGUGCAUGCGCAAUGUCCGAACGAUGAGGCCGGGUUCGCCGCCUACCUCGACUUGUACUAUUGCAAACUGCCGCACCUGAAGGCCAUCGGGCUGAUGAUCCUCAUCUCAUGGCUCGGCCUGCUCUUCUCCACCAUCGGCAUCGCCGCAAGUGACUUCUUCUGCAUCAACCUCAGCACUAUUGCCACCAUCCUGGGCAUGAGCGAAAGCAUGGCCGGCGUCACCUUUCUGGCAUUCGGCAACGGUAGCCCCGACGUCUUUUCCACCUUUGCCGCCAUGAGCACCAACUCUGGUAGCUUGGCGGUGGGCGAGUUGUUUGGAGCGGCGGGCUUCAUUACCGCCGUGGUCUCUGGCUCUAUGGCUCUCAUCCGACCCUUCCACGUCGCAAGAAAGAGCUUCAUCCGCGAUGUCGGCUUCUUCGUCGUUGCCGCCGCAUUCAGCAUUGUCUUUCUCUGGGAUGGCAGGCUACAUCUCUGGGAGUGCAUCGCCAUGGUGGUGUACUAUUGCUUCUACGUGGCAUUCGUAGUCGCAUGGCACUGGUGGUUGACCCGGAGACGACGGCGGAAGGAGCAAGAGGCGGUUGUACGAGGACAUUUCAUCCCGCCCGAUGAGCAUGACAUGGAAGAGCACGAAUACCACGAUGUGUCGGACGACCCUUCCACCGCAUCAAGAACACCGGCCAUAUCACCUCAUGCCGAAUGGGAAGAAUGGUCUGCGCUGGAGCGUGGUGCCGACGAGGACGCACUGGACGAGGACGAAGAGGAGGAAGCGCGAGAUCGGUGGAUGAGUGAGCUGAACAGUAAUAUGCGGCUUACACGCGGAACAGCGCGAUCAAGGAAGAACACCCUCACUCCCGUGCGUCCGUCGCUUGUCGGAGCACUGGAGUUUCAGGCGGUCCUCAAAGCAUUGCAAAAAAGCAGGAACAUCCAGACUUAUCCCAUGAACCCCCGACGAUUCUCGGACGAUCCGACGUACACCACUGCGCAGCAGCAAGACGUGAUGUCGUCUCCUUCAGACCCCGCCGCUAGGCCGCCGUAUCAAGUCACAGUCCACCACGAUGGUGCAAGCCCGACAAUGGAGAGGCGGGAGCUGGAAGUACCAAACACUGCGCCGCCAUUGAUGGGGCAACGAUCGUUCAGCGCACAGGCUCCAUCAGCGCUGAUGCCACCGAAAUCGCCAAGCUUCGAGGUCUCGCCCGCAACGCCGCGGCAUGAGGCACCGAUCCACACUCGUCACAGCUCGACGCGGUCCAUCCCACGGUCACCGGACCUGCUUGCCCCACCUCAAGGCUUGUCGGUGCCUCGAUCUACGGGCGACAUCAAUGUCCAUACGCCCAGAGCGGUCCCUCAUGCAAGGCAGUUGCCAAAGAUCAUCAUCCCAGGACGGGAACGAUCGAAUAGCCGAAGUCCACGGCCGUCUCCCAUGAUUUCCCCCAUGACUCAGGCACGAGAAAUCGCAUCAUCUCCCUUCCCGCGCUAUCACGACGAUCCCGCCACCGCUGCCUCCUCGAGGUUGCCCGAUCUGCACCUCCCACCUCCAAUCUCGCCCGAGUCGCUACCGGUUUCACAAAGCGCGGAGCAAGUCUUUCAAAAGUCUCCCACGUUCACGGACCGAUGGUGGCCUCACGCCAUCUUACCACCGCCCGGGGUUUUGAUCUCGACACUGUUUCCCACCAUCUACCACUGGCACGACAAGAAUUACUGGGAAAAGGCACUUGGCAUCGUGGCUGCGCCGAGUGUCUUCCUGCUCACCAUCACGCUCCCCGUGGUGGAAAGCGGCAAGGAUGAUGACGGCAUCAGCAUCGAGAUCAAGGGUGAGAGUUACGACUCAAACGCGUCCAGAGCUGCUGGGCAGGAGAACUCGGUUCCUUUUAAAGAUGCCGGAACCGGAAAGGUACUCAACGACCCCGUCAUCCAUAUCCAAUCGCGUGGCGAUCCAGGCGCUGCAGGGCAGGGGACUGCAAAGGUGGCCGCCAAUACAGAACAACAGCAUGGCCAUUUACCCUCCAACGCUGGCGACCACCACAACGCCUCCGUCACCGUCACAGAGGAGCCAGAAGAAGACGAAGCAACAGACAACCGCCCAGAGCUGUGGAACCGCUGGCUCCUCAUCAUCCAGCUCUUCCUCGCGCCCCUCUUUAUCGUCUUCGCAAUCUACACCCAAUCCCCCAUCGACAUCGCCCCCUCCUGGCUCAUCAAACCCAUCCUCAUCAGCCUCCUCAUCUCCGUCGUCCUCCUGAUCCCCCUCUUCCUCACCACCACCCCAACCCACAAACCCGCCAUCUACAGAUACAUCCUCAGCCUCGUCGGCUUCACCGUCUCCAUCGCGUGGAUCUCCACCAUCGCCUCCCAAGUCGUCGGCGCCCUCAAAGCCCUCGCCGUCAUCCUCAACAUGUCCCACGCCAUCAUGGGCCUCACCAUCUUCGCCGUCGGCAACUCGCUCGGCGACCUCGUCGCCGACGUCACCGUCGCCCGCCUCGGGUACCCCGUCAUGGCGCUGUCCGCCUGCUUCGGCGGGCCCAUGCUCAACAUCUUGCUCGGCAUCGGGCUCUCCGGGUCGUACAUUCUCAUCACCGGCGCGCAGCACCGGGGCGAAAAGCACCCCGGGGAGGACCUGAAGUUCAAGACGUACCAUAUCGAGGUCAGCAAUACGCUUAUUGUGAGCGGGAUGACGUUGCUGGUGACGUUGGUUGGGCUGUUGAUUGCCGUGCCGCUGAAUCGGUGGGUGUUUAGCAAGAGGAUUGGGUGGACGUUGAUUGCGGUGUGGGUGUUGAGUACGGUUGGGAAUGUCGUUGUUGAGCUUACCGGGCUGGCGGAGAGGUGA